UUGGAAGUAUUGGAUUACCUGGGGAACCGGGAGAAGACGGUAUUGAUGGAAAGCAAGGACAAGCAGGCUCUCCAGGAAUGCCAUCCCCGCCUCCAGUUCCUUUCCAAAUAGACUGGUGUUUUAUAUGCACACCAUCUUCUCCCGGUCCAAGUGGAGAUCCCGGCCCUAAAGGUGUUCCAGGAAGGAGAGGAAUACCCGGCAAGAACGGAAAAGCAGGAAUACGUGGUUUGCCUGGAAAAAUAGGAGAGAGAGGAAAUCCAGGCCUCCCUGGAAUACCAGGACAGGCAGGUCUUAGAGGAACUCCGGGAAGUAUUCAAGUAAUAAAUGGUCCUCCAGGGGAGCCAGGUCUUCCCGGCCCUCCAGGACUUAAAGGACGUCCUGGCCCGCCUGGAAGUUUUGGAAAUCCUGGAGUUAGAGGAGUACCUGGUGAAAUUGGAGAGAUUGGACAGAAAGGACCCAAAGGUCAACCAGGACAGAUAGGAGAGGAUGGGUCCGAUGGAGUGCCUGGAUUGGAUGCUAGUUGUGGUAAUACUUAAAUGUUUUGAUGAAAUUCUGAUUUUA